UAGAGCGGCGAGAGUUGCAAUCUGAUAUUUCACAUGCGCCGCUCGAAACGUCUCGAUCUGUUUUGAUCGUUUGUGUGCGAAAGAAACAGUCGCAUCGCACCACAUAUUGCGUCAUAACUGUUACUUUAGAACUCGAGAGAUUAAAUACCGAAGAGCAGAUGUUGUGUGCGGCGAGAAUUUGCCGAGCUGGUGUUGCAUCACCAAGCUUGGCGUUGCUCGUCAAGUCACCGAUCGUGCCGAGAACGACGUCGCAGUUUUCCAAGGGUCAGAUUUCGAGAUUGUUCGUUAGCGAUGGACGCAGCUCAUUCACGAGGACUGCUAGACGAAGAACCACCGUGACCGAACAAGCGAUGGCACCGGCCGGUGAAACCGCAUUUAAUAUUGGAAAAGGAGCGCUAGCUGGAGGAGCAGUAAUGGGACUAGGUGCUCUUUGUUAUUAUGGACUAGGUUUGUCUUCAAGUACAGGUGCCAUAGAUCACGCAAGCUUAUGGCCCCAAUAUGUCAGGGACAGAAUAAAGUCUACCUAUUUGUACUUUGGCGCAUCUGUUGCGGCCAGUGCCGCAUCCGCAGCUUUGUGUUUGCGUUCUCCUGCGAUAAUGAACAUGGUGAUGCGUCAAGGAUGGAUCGCUCUGGGUGUCACACUGGCUGCAAUGAUUGGUAGUGGUAUGAUCGUGCAAGGACUUCCUUACAAAGAAGGAUUUGGUGCCAAGCAAAUAGCCUGGCUGGUGCACACCGGCGUAAUGGGCGCCGUUUUAGCGCCGCUGUCUUUCUUCGGUGGACCGUUGCUCAUUCGAGCGGCCUGGUAUACCGCUGGUAUCGUUGGUGGUUUGUCGACCGUCGCUGUUUGCGCCCCUAGCGAGAAGUUCCUGGCGUUGGGCGGUCCGCUCGCUAUCGGUCUCGGUGUUGUAUUCGCCAGCUCGGUAGGUUCCAUGUUUCUUCCACCUACAACUGUCCUAGGUUCGGGAUUGCAUUCCAUGAUGCUCUACGGCGGUCUCCUGCUGUUCUCCGGAUUCCUUCUUUACGACACGCAGAGAAUCAUCAAGGUAGCAGAGACGCAUCCAGCGUACAACGCUCACGGCAGACCUUACGAUCCAAUUAACCACGCGAUCUCGAUUUAUCUGGACACGCUUAACAUCUUUGUGCGAGUUCUGACCAUCCUGGCCGGCGGUGGUGGCAAUAGACGCAAAUAGACGAGAAUCGACAUGCGGCUCAGGGAAUCGAUUUCGGUCUCGGUGCCGUUGCAUCCCGGUGGACUGAACAACAACCAGCUACGCAGGCCGAGCCGGCAGAACGUCGUGGCCGGCGAGACCGGCAAUCGCAACGAGAACGCAACCGAGGAGUCGGUGGUCGCGCCCGAGCCGGCCGACGAGUCGGACUUCCGCCUGGCUGAGGACACCACCACGUGGUCGUCGCUGGCGAUCGCGCGCGACAAUAUCCAACAGAGCAAUCAGCAACAGCAGCCCAACGUCAACGUCAACAACAAUCUCACCGAGCCGAAAGUGCAGAGGAACAACUCCGUCGACAGCCUCGCGGACUACGAAGGCACGAGCGAGGAGCAAUCCGCCAACAUAAACAACAAUCUAAGCGAGCCGAGGAUACGAAAUAGCAGCUCCCUCGAGAGCCUCGCCGAUUACGAAGGACGCAACUCGUCGCACGGAAACUCGUCGCACGAGCUCACACCGUCCGACUGGUCGGACUCGUCGGAAGAAGGUAACCUGCCGACCAGCUGCCGCGGCAUCGUCAAUCCCAACUACCCCGGCUUCCAGCAUCUCGCGCCCUCCCUUCUGUCGGACACCGACCUGACCGAGGACGAGCACGACAGUUGCUCCGACUACCCGCCGCUCUACGACGUGCAUAACCGAGGCGAGGUGAUACCGGAGAACGACAACGAGUACAACAACAACGUCGACGACAGCAUCAAUCACCUCUGCGGCCAGCGCAACGACCGCAAGACUUUCUACGAGAAGCCCAAGUUCAAUAUUCAGACCGUGACUUCUCUAUACGAGGCGGUGGUGCCGCCUUCGGAAAAGUGUAUCAACUACGUGAAGAGCGUGGAGGUCUCCAGAUCCGAGGAGAAGGCGCUCUCGCCGGAGCCGGAGGAGGUCGUCGUGAACGGCGUCGUCGAGGCGGAGGCCCACCUGACGCUCCUCGACGAGCCGGAGGAAAGUCUGGCCGACGAGGUGGUGGUCGAGCGCGCGAACGCGCUGUCCCAGGCGAUCCUUCAGGAUAAGCGGGAGAAGGAGGUGCCGGUCCAGGUCGAGCUGGUGGAGCUGACCACCAGCGUGAACGAGAGCCUGCAAUUCCCGGAGAUCGAGGAGAUCCUGGACUCUGGAAAAACCAGCGAAUUCGGUGAGACGGAGGACGUUGCGGUGGAGCACAUCGACCUGAUCCGCGAGGCAAAGGAGCUGCCUCACUUAGACCGAUCCAAAAUAGGAAGCCGGCAGUCGGUGACGACGACGUCGACGGGCGGCUCGGCCGACGACGACGAGUCGGAGAGCAACAGCGACUACUCCGAGGGCUUCGCCGAGGAACGGCCGACCUAUACGAAGCUGGAGGAGAUCGAUCUGCUCUCGAGCAUCGGCCGUGACAUCGGCGUCGAUCUCGAGAAGUACGCGCACCCGGUGCCGGACGUGGUGGCGAUGGAGUCGAUCGAGAGCUUGCGCGCCAAUCAGUCGCGAUCAAACGCGGUCAUCAAGGAUCACGUGGAGGACACGAACAAGCUUCUGGAUCGCGAACUUUCGGAGCCGAUCAGUCCGGACGCCCGGAAAAAAGAGAAGAUGGCGAAGAAUCAGGCCAAGCGUCGCCAGCAGCAGCAGCAACAGCAGCAGCAGCUGCUGCUGCGAAAUUCCAAUUCCCAACGGCGUUCCGACAAGCGCAGAGGUGACAUCGAUAACGGAUCAGGCGGCUUUGACGUUUACAACAUCGAGACGGCGAUGCCGAAGAUCGACCUGGACGCGAUCGAGUCGCAUCUCAGAGCUGCUCGCGAGGAGGAACGUCGGCGACGAAACGAUCGCGAGGAAAUCAGACGGAGACUCGCGAUGGGGCCUGAUGCCGAGGAUUUGCGCGCCGAACGCGGACGAAAACCGAGUCUUCAGUCGCGUCUUCAAAGUGGAAUGAAUCUCCAGAUUUGCUUCAUGAACGAAACGUCGUCGGACACCGAGUCUCCGGGAUCGGAGAACGACGUUUCGCCCAGAUCAACGCCCACGUCCCUCAGUUCGAAGCAGCUCAGCGGUAAGCAGCAGGCGAGGCCGCAGGUGCUGAGUCUCCCGUCUCUGAGACUCGACUCGAUGAAUUCGACGCCGCCGGUCGACGAGGCGGAUUUCUUCGCCCGACAGGCCAGGCUGCAGACCGAGGCGCGGAUGGCCCUGGCCCAGGCCAAGGAAAUGGCGCACAUGCAGAUGGAAGUUGAGAGACAGAGGCUGAAACAGAGUCCCAUCACCGAGAUAGUGCGAUGCAGCUUGGAAAAAGUUGGCGUCCAGCUGGGAGAAGACAGACGCAGGUUGUCGCGAGUGAUUCUCACGGAGCUCAAUGUUGCGCAGCUCCAAGUAGUCGCGAACGAUCUGCACGCGAGAAUCGCCGCACUGAACGAGGCGCUCGUUGAAGGACUCCUGAGGAGAGACGAUUUGCACAUGGAGCAAGACUCGAUGCUCGUGGACGUGGAAGAUCUCACUCGAUACUUAGGUGCCAAGCAGGAAUCGUUGAAGAAGAAGCAGCAGAGCAUGCAGCAGGCGGCGAAUCGGAACAACCAACAAUCCGCUCCAGCAGCCCCGACAAAGCUUUUGAUGAAACCGAAGCUGACGCAUCUGAAUCGCGGUCUGGUCGCCCUUGUGAGGAAAUAAUCCUUCGCUACGAGACUACGCAGUCUCGUCGGAAAUUGAACUCCGAGCGAAACGAGGCACCACGGGCAAUCUUGUUAACGGACGUGAAGAAGCAAAAAGAAGUCUUCGAGAAAGAAAAUAGGAAAAAAAUCCUUUCUUUUCAGAAAGAAAAAUGGAAGACGACGAGAAACCCCUUUGAAGGAAACGCGUUCGGGAAAGAAGAGAGUUUCUUCGUGAACGAAGACCCUUCAUAGAAUUGAUCGUGAAUGAUUGCGCCGUGGUUGUGCGUGCUCGGAAACUUUGACGCUUGUAGACGGUUAUUGUCACAACUUCGAUAACGGUGAAGUCGUGUUCGUUCCCGUUGUUCUCUAGCAAAGGGGGAAGCGAGUCUCCCUCUCCUUUCUCCCUCCUCUCCCUUCCCCCGAGAAAAAUUUCCAAGUUUUUACAGCUUCGUCGUGGAACCACGUGGAAGUAGAGAUUUUAUGUAUGUGCGAGCGCCAAAGCAACGACCCUUCGUUUAUAUCCCAACAUAUUAGCGAGAGAUCGUCUCCUUCGGAUUUCUCCUUCUAUCUCUCCUCGUCCUGUAAUACUCUCUCUCGUUCAGAAUUCCCUUUCAGAUUACGUCCCGCGACAUGCAUGCCUGUGUCUAUCGAGUGUAACGACUUAUUCGCCUUUAAUAAUAAUAAUAAUAAUAAUAAUAACAACAACAACAAUAAUAAUAAUAACAGCGAUCAUUAAACGCGCGAGAGCGGAUUCUCCGACCCUGCCUCGCUGUUGUACAUAUAACGAAGAUUUAUAUAUCACAGAUUAUUGCCGCGUAUAUCGAGAUUCCAAUAUGAUAUUUAAAACGAGAGCGCUUCGUUCCGGUCGUUCCGGGUCCGCCAGAAAUCGCCACCCGCGUGCGUGACAAAUUUGUCAAUGCGAAAAUAUAUCGCGUCGGAUAUUUGAGCCGCGUUCUUUAGAAUAUCAAGAACAACAAAAGUUUCCGAAUCCUGUGAAUUCAUUCGUAGAUUGACCGAAUUGUAACCGGACGUGUAAUCUCUCCGCUUCGGAUAGAUCCUUAGAUCCGCCAGAAUUAGAAGCCGUUCCGAUAGAACUCGUUUCACAUGAAUUCUUGUAAAUGCGUCAGUAUACGCGCGAACCAGUUUCCGUCUAUUAUCGCGAGUAACGCGAAGAAAGUUGAUGUAGAUUCUUGAGGCAACGCGCGCGCGCGCGCGCGCGUAAGAAAAGGUGAAGAAAAGAUGGGUCGAAGAGAUUGUAACGACCGCGGGAAACGAAGAAACGCGUUUACAUAUCCAACUAAGUGAUCUAGAGUAUGCAAAAAGCGAUUAGUCCAUAUAUACAUAUACACAUGUAGACCAGGUAAUUAACAAAAAAACGUAAUCGGAUAGAAUUGUUUGAGCGCGUCGUCCGAUGGGAAUUUUUGCGCGUUAACGAAACUCGCGAUCGAGAUUGUUCACCGAUAUGGAUUACUCGGUUCUUGCAUCGGGUUGUUUUUUUUUGUUUGUUUUUUUUUUUUUGCAUGUGUCAAUGUCACACGAUCUCGUUUACCUCAGAUGCAAUGUAAUCUCGCAACAAAUCUCGCAGCGUGUCCGAAGCUGCGAGAUCGUAGCUCUGUUUCGUAAAUUGUUCUUCUUCUUCUCUGGCUUUAUUCCUGUUUGAGAUUAGAAACAUUGUGCGUUCGUUCGAGAUCUUAAGUAUUUAUUUAUGAAAAUAAUUUUUAGAUUUCUCUUCUCCAAUCGCUUCCUCGCGAGUAAACAAAAAAAAAAAAUAAAUUAAAGAAAAACAGUUACACUUGUUGUACUACAGAGGAAAUUAUUUCACACAUGUGUGUAAACCUUGUUAUUCCCAAAUUUACAAAAUCCUUUGCGUGCGUUAUGUGGGAAGAACGUUCUCGUUGGCUUUGUAGCCAAACGUAUGCAGAUUUCACUUCAAUCUUUGUUCUCGGGAUUGUUGUAAGACAACAACAACUCGAAAUGAAAUCAGAACAGGUUCCGGUUAAAAAAGAGAGAAAACGAGUUUACUUAGUGUCUCAAUCACGCGACUAAGGCAAUUUAAAUCCACUCUCGAUAUUACGACAAAGUUGCAUAAGAUUGUCAUAACGCCAAUCGUAUGUAGAAGGAAUCUCUCUCCGAUCAGUUCUACUAGAUAUGUGGACUGAUGUCGAGAAUGAGAGAACGGUUUUUGAGUUACAACGAUGUCGAAUCGAAAGAGAACGUAAAAUAACGAAACAAAGAAAAAAAAAAAAAAAAAGAAAAAA